AUGGCCAGCAUGGAAAUCGACGUGGCCUACGAGCUGUACAUCGUAAAGGUCACCAGCUUCAUGUUUGCAGGCUGCAUCACCCUGAUUGUCUGGGAGUACCUGCUGCAUCUGCCUGCCGAGAUCAGCAUCCAUCGCGAGAGAAAGUACGGUGCUGCCGUUGUGUGCCUGCUCAUCGUUCGCUACUCAACGCUUGCUGCCGUUGCCGCUGCGCUCCCCUUUGUCUAUGGCAACCCGCCGAGCUGCGCGGCGGCCGCCUACACGAUCGAGGUCUGUUUCUGGAUCAUGCAGACGAGCGUCCAGGCGAUUUUCUACCUGCGCACCUGCGCCAUGUGCCGCUGGGAGAAUGGGGUGCGCUUGGGGCUGGGAUUGGCAGCAGUGGCCUCGUCUGCGUGCUGGCUGGCAGCCAUCUUUGCCCUCGACGCCCGCGACGACAUUCUCGACAUUCCCUAUGGCGGCAAGUGUUUCCAGGGCCAGUCCCUAAAGGUCUUUCACGUCAUGGGCUAUCUGGCCUCGUGUGGGUUCGACUUCAUCGUGCUCGUCAUCACACUGGCGAAAGUGUGGCAAUUGUCAGGCAACAGCUUCCCCUAUCUGGGCGACCCCGAGCAUCGCAUCUCUGCCUAUGUCCUCUGGCAGACAGUCGCCUACUUCUUUCCCGUCUUUUGCGCCAAUUUCUCCGCGAUCCUGCUCAGCCUGGUGCCCCACGACUUUGCCACGCGCUCCGUCCCCGUUGGCUACACCUUUGCCGUGUCCUCGGUGGCUGCCGCCAGGAUGGUGUUCCAGAUGCGCGAGUCGCUCGGCGUCGGCCGCGUGGCGCGGCUUGCGCCCCUGUCGAGGCCCAACUCCGAGGCUCCCUCAAAGGCAAGCGAGGGCGUCCCCCUCACCCCAGCCACCCUGAAUGGAGGCUGGCGCCUAGACGGAGCGGCGGUGCAACAGCCCGACAAAACCUUCAGCCCCAACGUGUACGCUUCGGCCUAA